AUGAAUACAGGCAAUCUUGGCAUGAGUGGACCGGGUAUGGGUGGUCCCAAUGAUCCAUAUAAUCCUCAUCAUUUAACUCAACAUCAUCAUCUUCUUCCACCUCAUCAUUCACAACAUCCAUCAUCAAUUUAUUGUUCAUCAUCGAAUCCUUAUACAGAUUUAUUUUCUCCUUUUACGGAUUUUGUAACAUCUCACGAUAACGGUACGAAUACAAGUGUACCAACGGGUUAUCUUAAUUUACAAAAUUCACUUGAUUAUGGUAUUUCACAUAAUCAUCAACAACAGCAUCAUCAUCAUCAUCAGCAUCAAAUAGCUAGUUCAUCAAAUGGAGAGCGGACAUCAUCAUCAUCUAGAAUUAAUGGUAUUAAUGGUUCUGAUUCUUCACCAUCUCAUUCAUUUGGUACAAGCAAUGGUUAUUCGCCAUCAGUUGAUUAUUAUAAUAAUACAGUUUUAACUUCAAAAACUAAUCUUAAUAAUAUUAAUACAUCAAAUACAAAUACAAGUAAUAACAACAACAUAUCAACAAAUACAAAUAUUCAUAGUCCAUAUGAUAGUACAUCAACAGCAAGUACAUCAUCACCGCCUCAUUCAACAGGUUAUUUAACUACAACAAUAAAACAAGAAAAUAUGAUGCCUCCUUCGUUUGCCAUCGAUCCGCAUAUAAAUGUCAAUGGAACAACAUCGGCAACAAGUACUGGUACAAGUGGUAAUAAUAAUAGUAAUAACAAUUUCGGUCUCGGCGUCGAUGAUUAUGGUUCUUCAUUAUAUCAUCCAUCGGCUACUAGUACAUAUUCAUCUUAUUCACCAACAGGUCUUUUACAAACAUCAUAUUCAGUUGGACCCUAUAAUGUUCCUCAUCCCGAUCAUAUGCGAUUGUAUAGUUCACAAUUAAAACCUGAUUUUAGAAUUGAUAUGCGUUUAGUCGGUAAUCAACGAGCUUCACCAAAUGCUGAUGUGUCACCAUCACAAUUAUGUGCUGUUUGUCAAGAUACAGCUCAAUGUCAGCAUUACGGUGUUCGAACUUGUGAAGGAUGCAAAGGAUUCUUCAAACGAACAGUACAAAAAAAUGCUAAAUAUGUAUGCUUAGCAGAUAAAAAUUGUCCAGUUGAUAAACGACGUCGAAAUCGUUGUCAAUAUUGUCGAUUUCAAACAUGUCUUGCUGUUGGCAUGGAUAAAGAAGUUGUUCGAACAGAUGCAUUAAAAGGUCGUCGUGGUCGUUUACCAUCAAAACCUAAAAGUCCAAAUAAUCGACAACCGAAUAGUUUUCAAACACAAUUUUGCCGUUUCUAUAAUGAUUCCAUACCAAAUCCGGCCAGUCUUGAUUUUAGCAAAUUGAAUUAUCGAACAGUGACAAGUAAAGAAAGUUUAUGUGAAGAAAAAUUACUUGUUUACGAUUCUUUAUCGCGUUCAUGCGAUAUAAUCAAACAAUGGGUUGAUAAAUUUUCAUUAUUUUAUUCAAUACAAAAUAAUGAACGUGAUCGUCUUUAUUCAAAUUGUUUAUUAGAACAAGUUAUAUUUCGUUCAGCAGUACGUCUUGAUGGUGAUCGUGUUAUAUUAUGUUCAGGUAUUGUUUUACAUAAAAUACAAAUGAAUUAUUUACUUGGUGAUGUUGCACAACAAAUCUAUGAUUAUGGAUCAACAUUAAAACUUCAUAAAAUUGAUUCAAUUGUUGCAGCUACAUUAUCAUCAAUUUUAUUACUUGAUUCAAAUAACACAGAUUAUGUUUAUCAUCAAACACCAUUAUCAUCGAUAGUUACUGAACUUUAUCAAAAACUAGUUGAUUCAUUCAAAGAUUAUUUAAAACAACAAUAUGGAGAUAGUUCAAUAUAUUUACAAUUAUUAGAAAGACUUAAUGAUGCUAGACGUAUUGCACAUAAUUUAAGAAAGCGUUUAUUAUUUUAUCGACAUUCAGUUUGUUUAACCAAUUCAAUGAAUUCGUAUCUUGAUUUAAUACUUGAAUGUAAACCGAUAUCAACUGAUUUACAUUCAACCGAAGACACUUCAACGUUACCAUUUAUACAAUAUGAUCUAUGA